CUCGGAUAUUUUGGGAAUAUCGAGUGUUCUAUGAAAACUGUUUAGUUUUUAUCAUUCAAGGUCAAUUUUCACAAUCACUGACCCCGAAUCACCAUAGACUACAUACAUUAGACCUUGAAUCUUGCAAUAAAAUUACGCUUAUUAUCAGUGGAUUCAGGCUUUCGUACCGGCAUUCAAAUUUUCCGUAGACAAUUUAGUCUAGUCGCCCCUAAAGAAUUGUUAAGAAACAUGGAAAAGCACGAAGUAGUCCCUGAUGUAAUAGAUGUGGUCCCCGACCAAGGCAUAGAAAUAUCUUAUCCUAGCGGGGUAAAAGUUGACUUUGGUAAUGAAUUAGCACCGACCCAAGUUAAAGAUGUUCCCACUGUGAAAUGGGCAGCAGACUCAAGCACUCUUUAUACCCUAUGCAUGACUGAUCCAGACGCUCCUUCUAGAAAGGAACCCCAAUAUCGCGAAUGGCAUCACUGGCUAGUUGGAAAUAUACCAGGAAAUGAUGUGUCUAAAGGAGAGACGCUAUCAGCUUAUGUUGGUUCAGGACCCCCACAAGGCACAGGACUGCACAGAUAUGUCUUCCUUGUCUACAAGCAGAAUGGUAAAAUUGAUUUUGAUGAAAAAAGGCUUCCUAAUAACUCUGCUGAAGGAAGGGGCUGCUUUUCUAUUAAGAAAUUUGCUGCAAAAUACAACCUAGGACAACCUGUUGCUGGAAACCUUUAUCAGGCCCAAUGGGAUGAUUAUGUUCCUCUUUUAUAUAAACAGCUUGGAGCUUAAGGAUCUAUAUCUUUUUUAAUUAGAUUUUAUUCUUUAUUUUUCAUCUGAUAUAUAUUUCAUAGUUACAGUAAUAAAUACAGUUCUCAAAAUAAA